CAGCUGAGGUGUUUCCCGUGGCCGCAGAACGGCGUGUGGACCGUCUCGCUUUGGGCUGACUUCUCUUUCCAGAGGACUUGAGACUGAUUGCAGAUAAUCAAGCAGAGAAGAUGCCUUCUGCUUCCUGUGACACCCUCCUGGACGACAUAGAAGACCUCGUGUCACAGGAAGAUUUAAAGCCACAGGACAGGCAUUUUUCACGGAAGCACAUUGUUCCGAAGGUGCGAAAGCGAAACACCCAAAAAUAUUUGCAAGAAGAAAACAGUCCACCAAGCGAUAGCACUAUUCCAGGCAUACAGAAAAUUUGGAUGCGGACGUGGGGUUGUUCUCACAAUAAUUCGGAUGGAGAAUAUAUGGCUGGACAACUGGCUGCGUACGGAUAUGAAAUUACAGACAACGCAGCAGACGCAGACCUAUGGCUCCUGAACAGUUGUACGGUGAAAAACCCAGCCGAGGACCACUUCAGACACUCCAUAAAAAAAGCUCAAGAGGAGAACAAGAAAAUUGUGCUAGCCGGAUGUGUCCCUCAAGCCCAGCCUCGGCAAGAUUACCUUAAAGGACUGAGUAUUAUCGGGGUUCAACAGAUAGAUCGAGUGGUAGAAGUUGUGGAGGAAACAAUUAAAGGUCACUCUGUGAGACUCCUGGGUCAGAAGAAGAGUAAUGGAAAGCGGCUGGGUGGAGCACCACUGGAUUUGCCAAAGAUCAGGAAGAAUCCACUGAUAGAAAUCAUUUCCAUCAAUACUGGGUGUCUGAAUGCUUGUACUUACUGCAAAACUAAACAUGCCAGAGGAAAUUUGGCCAGUUAUCCAAUUGACGAAUUAGUCGACAGAGCCAAGCAGUCUUUUCAAGAGGGCGUCUGUGAGAUCUGGAUGACCAGUGAAGACACGGGCGCUUACGGCCGAGACGUUGGCACCAGCCUCCCCGCACUGCUGUGGAAGCUGGUCGAAGUGGUCCCUGAGGGAGCCAUGCUGAGGCUUGGCAUGACGAAUCCCCCCUAUAUUUUGGAGCAUCUGGAGGAAAUGGCAAAAAUCCUUAAUCAUCCCAAAGUCUACGCUUUUCUGCACAUACCCGUCCAGUCCGCCUCUGACACUGUCCUCAUGGAAAUGAAGAGAGAAUACUGCGUGGCCGACUUCAGAAGAGUGGUGGAUUUUCUGAAAGAGAAAGUUCCUGGAAUCACUCUCGCCACAGAUAUUAUCUGUGGUUUUCCUGGAGAAACAGAUCAAGAUUUUCAAGAAACAGUGAAACUUGUUGAAGAGUACAAAUUCCCAAGCCUCUUUAUUAACCAGUUCUACCCAAGACCGGGGACUCCAGCUGCAAAAAUGCCCCAGGUUCCAGCACAAGUGAAAAAGCAAAGAACAAGAGAUCUUUCUCGGGUGUUCCAUUCUUACAAUCCGUAUGAUCACAAGAUCGGUCAAAGACAGCAAGUGUUAGUGACAGAAGAAUCAUUCGAUUCCAAGUUCUAUGUCGCACACAAUCGAUUCUAUGAGCAGGUUUUAGUGCCCAAGGACCCCACGUUCAUGGGGAAAAUGAUCGAAGUGGACAUUUAUGAAGCAGGAAAACAUUUUAUGAAAGGACAGCCAGCAUCUGACGCCAGGGUAUACACGCCAUCCAUCAGCAAACCGCUAGCGAAGGGAGAAGUCUCAGGCUUAACAGAGGAAUUGAGAAGCAGGCUCGGGAAGCCCCUGAACUCAGUAUCCUGCGCGUCGGCUACGGGGCUGGACGCCGCGUGCUCCCGGACGGCGCUCUGCUUGCGAAGGCUCCGUCAAGACUCUGCACUGAGGGUGUCCGUGGGCCUGGCUCUGUGCGCUCUCCUUCUUGCUUUUUUUUGUCGAAAUCUGUAAUGAAAACACAACUAGAUGCAGCCCUGGAGAAGCAGAAUAAAUCUCUAAUUAAAAUCCUCAUUGGACAGAAGAGCAACCACAUCAGUGCUAAGAGUAAUCGUUGACGCUGGCCGCCCUGCUCUGCUCCAGCCACACUUGUUAAUGAGGCUGAUUGGGUCUCUCAUGGAGUCGGGCCAUCGGUUAUUUGACCUGAAACCUCCUCGCUGUUGCCAUGGCAUAUCUUUUAAAUGAAGCUCCUUUUGGUUUAUUUGCGGCAAGAAAUGCAAGGGGUUGCAUUUUCUUUCAACCUCCCGUCUUCAAGUCAGAACCUAAUUAUAUGGUCAUCUUUUCCUUAUGUGGGAAGAAUUUUGAAUCUUCGUUAAACCUUUAAAAAUGUAUCUUUGUCUCUCUGCUUUGUUUGGAGUCCCGGUGCUACAAACGUCUUAUUUUCCACAGCAGACGUGUUCCUGAAAAGUGUACAGGAAGCCUGCAUUUGGGAGCGAGAGAUCUUUGGGAAGGCGCAGGGUGAGUGCCAAUCCAAGGGCUCCUGGUGACAUGAUGAGAAAUGCGAGGAGCCCCUGCUUCUCCAGCACCCGCAGACUCUGAGACACUGGAUGUGCCUAGAAGCAGCUGUGCCCCUUUUCUGACAUUUUUGAUCGAUGACAUCAAAUAUUUAUUGCCACCCGACAUCACUGGCCUUUACUAAACACAGUGGCUUCUUUCACUUAAGUCAUAAGAGGAGCUGACGUAUUAAGCAGUCUGUGAACAUCAGAAUUUAAAUGUUACUUGGAUUCUGUGGAGUCACGGGGAAAUCAGGUGCCCUCUGGUCACCACGGGACAUUUUGUCUUUAAACACAUGCGCCUGUUCAGCUUUUCUUUUUAUCUCAAAAUGUUUCAGCUCUUUAUGUCUUUUAAAAGAAUCCAAAUAAAAUUUCAUUAUGUCAUCAGUUGGUGAGUUUGGAAAAC